UUUUUUCUUUUUUUUUUUUUUUUAAAUUAUUCUCCUAAGUAUGUUCCAUGAAAGAUUAGGGAGCUUUAAUUUUAUAUAUCUCUUAGGCUAUAUAUUUUUUGCCAUGUAUUUAACCAAAGCCAUCUAACAUUAUAAGCUUUAGUUAUUUUUUAAACAACAUUAUAAACAACAUAAUGAAUGCCUUGAGGACAAGAGCUAUUUUUCAUCUUGCAAAUUGGAGGAUUACCAUAGUCUCUGGCAUCUUAUAUGUAAUAAUAUUUUUGAAAUAAAUUGAUAAGCAUAUGUAUAUAUAUAUAAAUGAAAAAUGUUAGGUAAAAAUUCAGCCUAGAUCCUACCAUCCAAGCUGUGCACAUUUUUACGUAGUUAUAACUAUGACGUCUUAACUUUUUUGUUCUAAUUUUUUCAUUUAAUGUUACUGCAUUUUUUCAUAUUGUAUAGUCUUUAUAAUAGAAUCAAACUUCAAAUUGUUAUAGACUAAUUUUUAAAAUUAUGUGAUUUUGAUUAUUUCUUAUUUAGAAAAUACCUUUGUUUAAUAUUGUAGAAUUCAACUUAUUUUCUAUGUUCAAAUUAAGAAAAGUAUCCUUAUGUUUCAGAAAUGUAUACCAUCUUCAAAUGACUCAGACUAAGAAAAUUACUAAGCAAGGCCACUCUUAUAGGUAGCAAAAGUAAACACCUAUGAAAGGUUGAUUUCUGGAAGACCCUAUUACUCAGAUGCUAGUAGGUCAACCUGUGAAAUUCUACCAGUAGGACUGUAGUCUUUGAGCUUGAACUUCAGAUGUUACCUGGCUGGUAGAUGCAACUUCCCUGAAAGGAGUAACACUCAAAGCAGCGAUUUAUACUUUCCAGGGCCUAAGUUAUAAUUCCUUGCCUUAGCACCAAGGGAGAAAAGGCAGUGGGGGAGGCUGAGGGUAAAGAGUUGGGGAUAGAAAUGAAGGGGAAGGUGCUAGAAACCUGAAGGGGCUACUAAGGGGAAACAAUCCUGAACAGCUGCUUACUGAACUCCUAGGACUGCCAGCAACUUGCCUUAUUUUCCGAAGCCUGGGGAUUUCUAUGAUAUGGUUCCAAGUGGAGCUUUCUAUAUCUAUAAAGCAAGGUUAACUAAGGCCCUUGGUAAAUAAAGGCAUAUGGAAAACAAAGAUCUUAUCUUGGUAAAGGGCCUCAGUGUUUAUAAAGCUUUCACAUGUUACUUUAUUAAUUCAAGAAACUGUCCUCAUUAAGUUUUGAUAAAUGGCCUAAACUAGUAUGCUCUUUUAAGUUCUGUUUAAAACAGUGAUAUGGUGGUCAGUAUUAUCAUACCUUAUUUGAAGGAAAUAUUACAUUUGAAAUAAUGACCCAAACAUGAUACUUAUAGGACAGAACAUUUUGAAUGUUACAGCCAUCUGUAGAUACACACACACACACACACACACACACACUUUGCAUACUAUUUCAGGGUGUUCAUAGACCUUCCCAUCUGAAUGUCCUCAGAUUAAAAGCCCGGCUGUGAGGCUUUAAAUACGUAUUAUAGCUUCUCAGAUGAAGUAUGUGGUGACAAUUUAUUUUGAUUGCCUGUGAUCCAAUGUCCAAUGGAUCCAAUUUGUAAUUCUCUAUUCAUUAAAAUGAUAAAAACAAUACUCAAUGAUGAAAAAAGAUUUUGAUGACAUAAUAUUUAGUGAAAAAAUAGUUGGUAAAAUGCUAUGUAGGUGACUUUAUUUUUUAUAGAAAUAUUAACAUAUGUAUGUUAUAUGUGUAUUCAAAGGCAAAAUGUAUGGUAAGGGUGAUUGAUUAUACCUGGAUGAUAGGAUUUUAAAUUUCUUUUUAUUCCUAUCAACAUUUUAACUUAUUUAUAAUGAUAGUGUAUUACUUAUGUGGUAUUGUAAAAGUCUGAACGUAGUGCCUUUUACAACUUAUGGAUUUUAGGGUCUUCCCUAUGUGAAUCCUGUUCUUGAUCUUCUUAGACCUCCCUCAACAGAGGCAUACCAAGUAAUCUUCCUUGAACGUCUAUGCAAUGGUUACUCAAGAAGGGAGAAAGGAAAUGAACAUUUGACAAAUGCUAAUUUUACUUGGAACUUCACGUUUACUUUCUCUUAUUAUCCUCACAAUAUCCUGCAAAGUUGAUUUUAUUUCCUCACUUAACUGAUAAUAACACCAAAGCUCCAAAGGUUGAUUGAAUUAGCAAAAGUUUUAUGUCAAAAGUAAGUAGUGAGGAUAGAGAAGAACUUAGGUGUGUCUGGCUCCAAAGUCCAAGCACUUCCCCUCUGCCAUACUGUCUCCUACCUCCUGGCAGGCUCCCAUUUUUCACUUCACUAGGACCUGGCCAUAUGAUGCCUCUCCAUGUGCAUCUGAUACAGCCCCUUCCUCCUGGUCACUCACAAGUUUCUUUUCCUGCAUAUUGUUUCUUCUAUGCCUCUGCCUUCUUUGAGCUCCAUAUCCAUAUCACUCUUAUAUCCAAAGCAUUGGCUCUUACCCCUAUUUUGGGCCACGAACUCACUUGCAGACCUCAUGAAAGCUCUCUCUAGAAAAUGCACUUUGUGUAUGUAGAUGUGCAUGCGCACACACACACACACACACAUGCACGCUUUGCAUACUAUUUCAGGCUGUUCAUAGACUCUCCCAUCUCAAGAUCCUCAGAUUAAAAGCCCAGCUGUGCGGCUUUAAAUACAUAUUAUGUCUUCUCAGAUGGAGUAUGUGAUGGUGAUUAUCUAUUUUGAUUGCCUGUGAUCCAAUGGAUAUGUUCUCUGAGAAAUGAAUGCUAAGGGAGUUAUCCUCAAUGCAUUUGAACGUUAUCGCCUAAAAACCUGUAUUGACUUUAAGCCUUGGGCUGGAGAAACAAACUAUAUAUCAGUGAUCAAAGGCAGUGGCUGCUGGUCUUCAGUGGGAAAUAGGCGGGCUGGGAAGCAAGAACUUUCCAUCGGGGCAAACUGUGACCGAAUAGCAACGGUUCAACACGAAUUCCUCCACGCUCUGGGAUUCUGGCAUGAGCAGUCGCGUUCUGACCGGGAUGACUAUGUCAGGAUAAUGUGGGACAGAAUUCUGUCAGGCAGAGAGCACAAUUUUAACACCUAUAGUGACAGCGUAUCAGAUUCCCUGAACGUUCCCUAUGAUUACACUUCAGUAAUGCACUACAGUAAAACUGCAUUCCAAAACGGAACAGAGCCGACAAUUGUCACAAGAAUCUCAGACUUCGAGGAUGUGAUCGGCCAACGAAUGGAUUUCAGUGACUCUGAUCUCCUAAAGUUGAAUCGACUGUAUAACUGCUCCUCUUCCUUGAGUUUUAUGGACUCGUGCAGUUUUGAACUGGAAAAUGUGUGUGGCAUGAUCCAAAGUUCAGGAGAUAAUGCUGACUGGCAACGGGUUUCACAGGUUCCCAGGGGGCCAGAGAAUGAUCACUCCAACAUGGGCCAGUGCCAAGGUUCUGGUUUCUUCAUGCAUUUUGAUAGCAGCUCUGUAAAUGUGGGGGCCACAGCAGUGCUGGAAAGUAGAACGCUGUACCCUAAAAGAGGAUUUCAGUGCUUGCAAUUUUACUUAUAUAACAGUGGCAGUGAAAGUGAUCAACUGAACAUCUACAUCAGGGAGUAUUCUACAGACAAUGUGGAUGGCAAUUUAACUCUUGUGGAAGAAAUAAAAGAAAUACCCAUUGGGAGCUGGCAACUUUAUCAUGUAACAUUGAAAGUGACCAAGAAGUUUAGAGUGGUGUUUGAAGGACGCAAAGGCUCUGGCACAUCACUGGGUGGUCUGUCUAUUGAUGACAUCAAUCUUUCGGAAACACGGUGCCCUCAUCAUAUCUGGCAUAUAAGGAAUUUCACACAGUUCAUUGGCAGCCCAAAUGGAACUUUGUAUAGCCCUCCAUUUUACUCUUCUAAAGGUUAUGCCUUUCAGAUUUACUUAAAUCUAGCCCAUGUGACUAAUGCAGGGAUAUAUUUCCACUUGAUCUCUGGAGCCAAUGAUGAUCAAUUACAGUGGCCAUGUCCUUGGCAACAAGCCACAAUGACACUUUUGGAUCAAAAUCCUGACAUUCGACAGCGUAUGUCCAAUCAGCGGAGUAUAACUACGGACCCAUUUAUGACCACCGGUAAUGGAAGCUAUUUUUGGGACAGGCCUUCCAAAGUGGGAGCAGUGGCUGUUUUCCCUAAUGGAACUCAGUUUAGAAGAGGUGGUGGCUAUGGCACCAGUGCCUUUAUAACCCAUGAGAGGCUGAAAAGCAGAGAUUUUAUAAAAGGAGAUGAUGUUUAUAUCCUACUGACAGUGGAAGACAUAUCUCACCUCAACUCUACGCAAAUCCAGGCAACACCAACCCCUAGUGUCCAAGAACUCUGCUCAAAAACCACCUGUGAAAAUGAUGGUGUCUGCACUGUUCGAGAUGGCAAAGCUGAGUGCAGGUGCCCGUCAGGGGAAGACUGGUGGUACAUGGGAGAAAGGUGUGAAAAGAGAGGCUCUACCCGAGACACCAUCGUCAUUGCCGUUUCCUCUACUGUCGCUGUGUUCGCCUUGAUGCUCAUCAUCACUCUUGUCAGUGUCUAUUGCACCAGGAAGAAAUAUCGUGAAAGGAUGAGUUCAAAUGGACCAAAUUUGACUCUGCAAAAUCAGCAUGGUUUUUGAAGAUUAACUCGACAAUACGGCCAGCAAAUGAAAUUAAAAAGGAUUCUUCGUCAUGGAUUCGCCUAAGAGAUAUUACAACCGCCUCAUUCUUCUAAAAAUGGAUCUUUUUCUGUAAAUAGCUGGAAAUACUAUAAAUCACUAUUUUGGUCAAAGUCAAUUUGGUGAAAUACUGUUUGUGUUUCCUUCUUUUAAAUGAGAGAAAAGCAAUUCAGGCUCUUCUGAAAGUAUAAUAUUGUCUAGAAAAAAGGGAGAGCAACAGUUAGAGAUUGCUUUUCAAAUUACUGAUCCUUCCAUAUGGGGGCCACGUGUGGUGUCCUCACAAGUGAUUCCUUAGAAACCCACUAGAAACACCCAGUGGGAAUGAUCCUCCAUGCGGAAUUGCAGCAGUGUCAGUGCCAUCCUUUCCCAGUAUUGGGAAGGGUAAUGGGAUAGCUCCCCACUCUCUGUUAAUAUACAUUCUUCUCCACAACCGGCUACUCUCUUGUUUUCUUAUAUAGUCCCUAUGGUACAUGAGCUUGGUUUAGAAUUUGAUUGAGCAAAUGACUAUAAUCAGCAAGAAAACCUUUCACUCUUUGAGUGGCAAGUCUCAAAGAUUUUGGGUCUCAGGAGUCUUUACAUUUUAAAAAUUACUGAAGAUCUCAAAUAGAUUACUGAGGAUCUCAAAUAGAUUACUCAGGAAUCUUCACAUUUUAAAAAUUACUGAGGAUCUCAAAUAGAUUAUUCAGGAAUCUUCACAUUUUAAAAAUUACUGAGGAUCUCAAACAGAUUACUGAGGAUCUCAAAUAGAUUAUUCAGGAAUCUUCACAUUUUAAAAAUUACUGAGGAUCUCAAAUAGAUUACCGAGGAUCUAUUUUGCUUACAAGCAGCUCAUUGAUUUAAAUAAGUGUUUAUUAGAAAUUCAAACCAGGAAAAAUUUAAUGUAUUUAUUAAUCACAAAAAAUAAGCCCCUUCUAUACUAACAUAAAUAUUUUUAUGAAAAAUAGCUGUAUUUUUCAAAACACGAGAAUAUUUAGCAAAGAGAGGGGCACUGGUUUACAUUUUCUGGGAAAAUCUCUAAUGCCUAGCUCAAUAGAAGACAGCUGAGUUUUCACAGAUGCUUCUGCAUUUAUUCUGUUGUGAUAUAUUAAUUUGUUUGAAGGAUGUGAAGAAAAUCUAACCUCACACAAAUAUGUUCUUGGAAAAGGAAGGCAUAUUUGAAUAGCUUUCUCAGGUAAAUAUGAAUAUUCUUUUGAAAUAAUUUUGUUAAAAGUUGACAAUGGUAACUUCUUAAAGGUUAGUUGCAAUCAAAAUCCGAAACCGUAUCAAGGAACUUUUGUAUUCUGUCCUGUAAAAUCCAUUAGUCUAUCUUGUAUUUUGAGUCUUUCAGCUAUGUCUGAUUUUGCAAUACUGUGCAUUGAUAAUUUAGAAAAUAUUGGUUCACUGAGUUAUACAGCUCUUACAACAUUUGACACAUUUCAUUAUACGGUAUGAAAACAACAUUAGUUAAUUGCACUACUGAUCUCAUUUUAAAGUCUUUCAUGCUUGUAGCCCCAGCAUUUUGGGAGGCCGAGGCAGGUGGAUCACUUUAGUCCGGGAGUUCGAGACCAGACUGGA